GUCAGUCAGUCAGUCAGUCAGUCUCCCGGGGACCCGGCCGCUGGAAGGAAGGAGAAAUGUUUACUCUGUAGAGAUGAGCCAGGGCGGCCGCCGACGGUGGGCUUCGGUGUGGAAACGCGCGCGGACUCUGCCCCGGCUGCUACACAGUGUAGCUCGGACGCUGUGAGUUUCAAGAAUCUGGUGAAAGGGAGAGAGUGGACAAUGAAAAUGGACAUGGAGGAUGCUGACAUGACUCUGUGGACGGAAGCCGAUUUUGAAGAGAAAUGCACGUACAUUGUAAACGAUCACCCGUUGGAUCCCAGUGCCGAUGGAGGCACCCUAACUCAGGCAGAGGCUUCCUUGCCAAGGAACUUGACUUUCAAAUAUGCAUCUAACUGCAAAGAGGUCACUGGAGUUAUAAGCAAAGAGUACAUCCCAAAAGGAACACGCUUUGGACCCCUGGUAGGAGAGAUCUAUACCAGCGAUACGGUUCCCAAGAAUGCGAACAGAAAAUACUUUUGGCGGAUCUACUCAAGUGGUGAGCUUCACCACUUCAUUGACGGCUUUAACGAGGACAAGAGCAACUGGAUGCGUUAUGUAAACCCCGGCUACUCUGUUCAGGAACAGAACUUGGCUGCUUGUCAGAAUGGAAUGAACAUCUACUUCUACACCAUCAAGCCCAUCCCUGCCAACCAAGAGCUGCUUGUGUGGUAUUGCCGGGACUUUGCAGAGAGGCUGCACUAUCCCUCCUCCAGAGAGCUUACAAUGAUGAACCUCACACAAACCCACAUUAAUCCAAAGCAGCACAGUGCUGAUAAAGAUGAGUUCUAUCAGAAGAGCAUCCCAAAGAAGGAGCACAGCGUGAAAGAAAUCCUGAAAAUGGAAUCCAGUCAUCCAAAAGGAAAAGACUUCUUCCAGACCAACAUUUCACCAGUUACUCCAGAAAAAGACUUGGAUGAUUUGCGUAAGAACUAUAGCCCGGAGAGGUGUUUCUUCCCUCGAGUUGUCUACCCGAUCCGACCUCACAUUCCAGAAGACUAUCUGAAAGCUUCCUUAGCGUACGGGAUGGACAGACCCAGCUACAUUACUCACUCACCCAUCCAGACGUCUACUACGCCGAGUCCUUCUGGGAGGAGCAGCCCAGACCAAAGCUUAAAAAGUUCAAGCCCUCACAGCAGUCCAGGGGUCACAGUUUCGCCUCUGGCACCGACUUCCCAAGAGCACAGAGAGCCGUACUCUUACUUGAACGGAUCGUAUGGCUCAGAAGGAUUGGGGUCUUACCCCGGGUAUGCACCCCCUGGCCACAUCCCACCUGCCUUCCUCCCCUCCUAUAACCCCCACUACCCCAAGUUCCUGUUACCUCCGUUCAAUAUGAGCUGUAAUAACCUGAGCGCUUUGAACAAUAUCAACGGCAUCAACAAUUUCAAUCUCUUCCCGAGGAUGUAUCCUCUCUAUGGCAACCUGCUCAGCGGAGGUAGCCUUUCCCACCCCAUGCUGAACCCCACCACGCUCCCCAGCUCGUUGCCCAGCGAAGGAGGCCGUCGCUUGCUGCAGCCUGACCAUCCGAGGGACUUCCUCAUCCCAGCCCCUAACAGUGCCUUCUCUAUCACGGGCGCUGCUGCCAGCAUGAAGGACAAGCCGUGCAGCCCUACCAGCGGCUCGCCCACAGCUGGGACAGCAGCCAGUUCGGAACACAUCAUGCAACCUAAACCUACCUCAGUGGUGUUGGCUGCCACAGGCGGUGAAGAAGCCAUGAAUCUCAUUAAAAGUAAGAGGAAUGUGACCGGUUACAAAACCCUCCCAUACCCACUGAAGAAGCAGAACGGGAAGAUCAAGUACGAAUGCAACGUUUGCUCCAAGACCUUUGGCCAGCUCUCCAAUCUGAAGGUGCACCUCCGAGUACACAGCGGCGAGAGGCCUUUCAAAUGCCAGACUUGCAAUAAAGGCUUCACGCAGCUGGCUCACCUCCAGAAGCACUAUCUGGUACACACGGGAGAGAAACCCCACGAGUGUCAGGUUUGUCACAAGCGGUUCAGCAGCACCAGCAAUCUCAAAACCCACCUGCGGCUCCACUCUGGAGAGAAGCCUUACCAGUGCAAGCUCUGCCCUGCCAAAUUCACCCAGUUUGUGCACCUGAAGCUGCACAAGCGUCUCCACACCCGGGAACGUCCCCACAAAUGCAUCCACUGCCACAAGAGCUACAUUCACCUCUGCAGCCUCCAGGUCCACCUGAAGGGCAACUGCCCCGUCGCCCCUGCCUCCGGCCUCUCCAUGGAGGACCUGAACCGAAUCAACGAGGAGAUCGAGAAGUUCGACAUCAGCGACAAUGCCGACAAGCUGGAAGAAGUGGAGGACAAUAUCGACUUAACGUCGGUGGUGGAGAAGGAUAUACUGACCGUGCUCAGGAGGGAGAUGGAAGGGGCUAAUCUGAAGGUGUCUCUGCAGAGGAACCUGGGAAACGGACUUCUCUCCUCAGGGUGCAACCUUUACGAGUCGUCGGAUAUGUCAAUUAUGAAGUUGCCUCAUGGUCACCCACUACCUCUGUUACCUGUAAAGGUCAAGCAAGAAACAGUUGAACCAAUGGACCCUUAAGACUUUUUGGCAAAGUGAUUUUUUUUUUUUUUUUUUUUUUUUUUUUAAUUUAUGACUUGGCAAGUCAGGGUGCCUGUAGCAGUUGCUUGUACAUAGUUUCAAUGCUGCGAAGCAAUCUUGGCUUACAGUAGUUUCCCUACGCUCUCCAGCUGAAAGAAGGAACUCCAAAGUUACUGUUUUCUCAGGGCAUAAAAAGGGGCAAAGGACUGUGCAUUGCCUCGCCAGUUACUAAAAGACAAUCAUCUAUCCAUAAUUAUUUUUUCAAUGAUAGUACUUCAUAAUUUAUUAUGCAAUUAAUCAUUCUAAAAGCAAUAAUUAGGAAAAUGUUUACAAUGACUGGAAAAUUCAUUGUAAUUUUUACUUUAAAUGUUUUUAUUUUUCGUUUUAUGGCCAUUCUUUGUAGAUAUUUUUUUUCUGCACAUCUGUUUUAAGAACCUAAGAUUGGGGUUUCAGUAAAUGUGUUUUAUGUACCAAUGGCUUUUAAACAAAUGCGGUUUUUCAUCAUCUUGCCAAAGUUGGACAUUUGACAUACAGAAUCCUAGAUCCGUUGGUUUGAAAAAAAAAAUGCCGUGUACUUUUAUGUGCAAAUCACCCCCCUGGGAACUGAAAAAGGAGAAAAAAAAAAAAAAAAAAAACAAAACCCAGAGUAGCAGCGAGCGGGGAAGAAACUGCUACUCCUGCCCCUCCGAGGACAGGAGAGAGAGUCUUCUCCCUGCAGCGCUACCCCGAGCAGAUGUGGCACAGCACACACCUCCCUGCCGUGGACAAUACCACAGGUUUUUAGAAAACAGCUCUCGCCCCACACACAGUCAUGGAACGUCGUGACCAAAGGAAUGCGUAUCAGCCUCAAGCGGCUCUUCCAAAAUAAAAUAUCACUUACAUUCUUUUGUUUCCAAAAGCAGUUUAAAAGCAAACACAGAAAUAUUCUUAAUAUUCUGCCUACAAGGAGGGGUUUGUGGCAGACUUCUUUCUUCUUUUUUUUUUUUUUUUUUGGCCAGAGCCUUCCAGGGAUAUACAAAAAAAAAAAAAAAAAAAAAAAAUGGUCAGAUUCCCUGAGAAAGAAGGGGUUCAGUUUUACUUGUGUUUUCUUCUCCCACUUUGCUUGGGUAGAAGUGGGGAACAAAGUCCUUUCCUGGCACAUACAUUUUUUUUUUUUUUUUCCUCCUUCCUGUACGACUCAUAUUUUUCUCAGUAUUUGUGUUUGUACAUUUUGUGGUUAAUUUAAUUAAAGAAGAAAAGGGCAUUGCAAAGUUGUUGAACAACAAUUACCUCAGUGCUUGUGUCCAGUGGUGCAGACAAUGCUGUUUUAUCUAAAUGCUUUGCUACUUUAGAGAAGAAACCAAAAUGUGCACAGGGAAAGACAGAAUGCACAUCCUUUUAUCUUUUUUGUUUUGCUAAGCCCAAAGAUGAUACGGUGAUGUUUGAGGUGUAGCAAAGAAUACAUGUAUAUUUAUAGAUAUAUUUAUACCAUUAUACUAUAUAUGUCUAUGUAUAUAUAUUUAUACCACUUAAGUUGUGAGCCAAACCGUGUAAUAAAACCUAUUUUUCAUCGAAGCCUGAAAAUCAGAUGUUAUCCAGUUUCGCAUGUUACCAGUGACCUCAGAACCAGAAGGUUGUACCAAGGCAUUCCUCGCUUGCGCCACACAGGCGGGCGGGCGGGCGGGCGCGGCUCCCCGAGCCCCCGGCGCCGGGAACGACCCCGUUAGGAGCCGGGUUGCUCCGGGAGCAGCCAGGAACCCCCGGGAACCGUAAGGGGAAGGGCCCGAAGCCGAACAGGGACCCGCGGGCGGCGGGCAGGGCCGGGGGGAAGGCAGCCGGGACGAGCCCCUCGUCCCCCUCUGCCCCGCCGCGAGCGAGUUGCCCCGUCAGCUCGCGCGAGUCCAGCAGCGUUAUCACACACCUCCCCUCCACCUGUAUCUUUUCGGCUGGUGAGAUUCUUACAAAUUUCAAGGUAGCCCGCUUCAGCAAUCCGGGAUGCGGUGAUUUGGGUUUUUUUUUUUUUUUUUUUUUUCUUGUUUUUUUUUUUUGUUUGUUUGUUUUUGUUUUUGCUUUUCUCCCAGCAAACUUCAUUUUAAUGCCUUCUGUUAAAAAAGCAAAUGAUCCUGAAAUACAAGUCUCUCGACACAGCUUUUGAAGGACUACAGUUCAUUACAUUUCCACUCCUGCAGAUUGUGGCUGACAUCUUUUAAAUGUAGCAAUAGUUCAUAACUAUAGUACUUACUUGUAGGAUAAACCAAAGUAUCACUACUCUGUCACUGGACACACACUUUUCCUGUUAUUUGCCUGUAGUGCUUUCUUGUAUUUGAUACAAAUUUUACAAGAAUUUAUAUGCAUCAGCUUUAAGAAUUGUUAUUUCUCUUUACUGUUUCCCCCUUCCCUUAGAAGUUUUACAUGUGAAUGUAGCAACAAUCAACAGUGUUUUGGGAUGUUUUUUUUUUUUUUUUUUGUCUCUCUUACGAAAGACUCUGACCAAAGUUAACAGGCUUUUUACUUUGCUAGAAAAACAAACUAUCAUAUGUUUACGUAUUGGUUUACAUCAUUAUUUAUGUGCAAAUUGUCAAAUGUAAAUUAAAUACAAGUGUUCAUUGCUUUACUGAUGCUUCCCUUGUCUUCAAUCUCUCUGCACCCACUGCCGGCGCAGGCGCGUUGCGGGGCGCCUUCCCCUCCCAGCCACAAAGGGCAAUACCUUAACCA